AGAGUUUCUGACUACCUGUGUGCAUGUGUUGCGUGUCCUCGGUAGAAAUAAUUGAUGACGCCGUGUGUUAGUAAUAUCGUGUGUCGCAAAAUAUAACCUCACAAUAAAAUGCUCGAAUCCUUAUCGGUGUCAUUAAAGAUCCCGUUCUUGCAAAGAAUUUGAUUUUACACAAUCGUUUUGGUUUACGGACGCCCCGGCGUGCACAUUACAUCAUGAAAAUUAUCGUGAAGAAGCUUCGAGGGAAACAAUGCGUUGUUGACAUUACAUCUUCGGAUUCAGUUCUUCAGUUAAAGCACAAAGUCAGUGACCUUUUGGGCAUAGAUGUUCCACAACAAAAACUGUUGUUUAUGGGCAAGACAUUAUCUGAUGAAAAUCCAUUGAGUUUCUAUCCAGGAAUUAAGGAUGGAAGCAAGUUAAAUGUCUUGGUUGUUAAAAAGGCAGAGGAAGGAUCUAGUGAAGGAAGGGCUUCACACAGCAAGUCUGGCAUGUAUCUCUUACGAGAUGAAAUUUCUAGAGUUCUGAGGCAUUAUUAUACAGAGUCAGAGACAGAGUCAAUAAUCAAUGAAUUGAUAAAAGACCUGAAUAAUAAAGUGAAUAACCUUAAUUACGAUGACUUAGAACGAUUAGCAACUGCGCUCCUCCAGGACCAAGAAAAUAUAGCUUAAGGAUACUUUGGUUUCUCAAUUUCUUGCUUAUUAUUUGAUUAUUGUAAUACAUUUUUAUUUAAUUAAAGAACGUU